UUAAUUUUUUAUUAAACGUAUUAGUGAACAAUAUGCUUAAAAUGCAUUUUAAAACAUACACACGCAUAUAACAAAAAAGGGGGGGGGCAAGAUUAAUACAUAAUAACCCAUCAUAAACCAUUGUUUUUAUACGCUUAAAAUAUUUCAAACCGGUAUUUUUUAUUUCCCAAAAAUUGUGUCGCUAAUUUCACACGCAUCUGUUUCAAAUAUGGAGCCCUGGAAGCCACAUGUAUAUAUGUGUGCAUGGUCUCAUUACUGUUCAGUCGAGCUAAGAGUGGUGAAAUUGAUUUUUGAUAGUGGUUGCAGCCUGAGGAUGAUGCGUAUGCCUGUUAUGACCACAACGCAUGAUUUUCGGAUGCAGCUAUAAUUUUUGGCUCUUUCUAAAAGACGAAAAUCGGCUCACUGCGUGUGAUGCGUGUUUCUUUUUUCUUUUUUUUUGCACUGUGUGUAAUGCUCUGUAACUUUAUCCUUUACGCUGCAAACCCUCUCGGUUCACACAAGACUGAUACCUUUACCUCCCCUUUUUCCUUUGUAUCAAUUGGUCGGGCCUCGGGCUAUUGUUGCGGUGAGUUCCCUUUAUUUCUGUGUGCGCGCGCGCGCGCGCACACACACACACACACACACACACACACUGUCGAUCAGUGGAAAUCUCACGAUAGGCCUCCCUGUGAAAUCUACUGACUCUUUUUUUCCUCCUCCUCCUCCUCGUCGACCAGAUUAGCCCCAGCAGCCUGCUUGGAGAGAGAAAGAGAGUGAGAGAGAGAGAGAUAGAAAGAGAGAGGGAGAGGAUAGGAAGGACCUAUGACCACCGCGGAGAGGAGCCCACGCUGCUGUCACCACGCCGGUUCUAAUAAAUGGCCACGGCCAUUCCAAGGCCAGAUUACGGCAGAUUAAAGAGGGCACGGUGGCACGCGUAAACUUUCCGCGUGUUUCCGCGGAGCGGCUAGCUGCGCUUCGGCCGUCGCGGCGCGGACGAAUCAUGAUGCUGCAUCUUUGAUGGGACCCCGAGUGAAGGCUCUCUGCAAUCCUGCGAGGUUUUGCCCGUGUCCUACCAUGCCACAAUGCUUAUAAUUCAUCUCGUGGUGUUGCUCAGCGUGUUGUUGUUCGGCGGCGCGCGGGGUUCGGCGGGCUCGAGGGCGCAGCCGUGUGCCGGGACGCAACCGUGUGACCCGCGACACCGGCGCGACGCCGGAGGACGCGGUGGCGUUUACGAACACCUCGGAGGCGCGCCGCGGCGCAGGAAACUCUACUGUGCUACUAAAUAUCACCUACAGAUACACCCGAACGGGAAAAUAGACGGAUCUCUGGAAGAGGACAAUCCUCUGAGUAUAUUAGAGAUCACAGCAGUGGAUGUUGGAGUGGUAGCCAUCAAAGGCCUGUUCUCUGGAAGAUAUUUAGCCAUGAAUGAGAAAGGUCGCCUAUAUGCCUCGGAAGUCUUUAACAAGGAGUGUGAAUUUCUGGAGCGCAUUCACGAGUUAGGCUACAAUACGUACGCUUCACGGCACCACUCGACAACUCAGCACUCAGGAUCCAGUGGACGGGGCAACAAGCAUCGGGCCUUUGUCAAGAAGCAGUGGUACGUGUCUAUUAAUGGAAAAGGUCGGCCCAGGAGGGGCUUUAAGACGAAGAGCACGGACAAAGCUUCCCUCUUCCUGCCCCGUGUUUUGGGCAACAAGGACCAUGAGAUGGUCUCACGUCUCCUGGAGAGCAGACAAGAUGAGACAAGCCAUCAAAGAUACCGCAUGGGCCAUGCUGAAAGAAGGAGUCGGAGGCACAAGGAGCCCAAGCGUCAUGACAGAAGGGGUAAUAGACGCAAAUCUGGCCACAAAAAAGAGACUUCAGAUGGACGAUUGGAAUAGACAAUUUCAAG